AUGGUUGCUAUUCAUGAGAUCCUAAAAAAACCACCUGGCGCUUGGAAAGUCGUGGUGGUAGAUGAACACUCAAAUAAGAUUUUGGAAUCGGCCUGUAAGAUUUUUGACAUCUUGGAAGAGAAAGUUACUUUGGUGGAAAAUUUAGAAAAACCACGUCAGGCUUAUCAAAGUUUAGACGCAGUUUACAUAAUUGCACCUACUCAGGACUCAAUUAGUAGAGUAAUUGAAGAUUAUUCAAAAAAUAAAUUAUACGCUGGUGCACAUUUAUGCUUCGUAUCUCCACCCGAUGAACAUAUCAUAUCAAGAUUAAAGCAAUCAUUACCUAACAUGAAAUCGCGCAAAGAUCUUUACAUCGAUUUUCAUGCUAAAGAAGCACAUGUAUAUUCUUUCGAAUCACCAUUAAGUUUCUUUAGAUUAUUUUCACCUCAAGAACAAGAUAAUUUCGAACCAGAAUUGAGGAUCCUUGCCAAACUAUGUGUAUCGUUGGGAGAAAAUCCACUUAUUCGUUAUCAAAGAGGACUUGAAGCAGAUCAUCCAGCCAAAGCAUUAUCAUUUAAAUUAGCGAUGUUAUUACAAUCUGAAUUAGAUCAAUAUGUUAAAUUGAAUCCAGUGAAUCCUUUCCCAGUACACGACCCACCACGUCCACGAGCAAUUUUAUUCAUAUUAGAUCGAACAAUUGAUAUGUAUACACCAUUACUUCACGAAUUUACAUAUCAAGCUAUGGCCAAUGACCUUUUACCAAUAGAUAAUGGACAAAAAUAUACAUAUAAUUAUAUUGGGGAUGAUGGAGAACCAGCCACCAAAGAUGCAAUUUUAGAUGAGAGUGAUAAUAUAUGGGUUGAUAUUAGGCAUCGACAUAUGAAAGAUUGUAUUGAUAAAUUGAUGAAAGAUUUUAAUUCAUUUUUGGGUGAACAUGCGGGAUUUACUGAUAAAGAUAAGGCAGCUAAUUUAAAUGAAAUGAAAAGAAUGUUGGCAACUUUACCACAAUUUCAAAAUAUGAAGGAAAAAUUUUCUGUUCAUCUUAAUAUUGCACAAGAAUGUAUGUCAGUAUUUGAAAAAGAAAGACUUGAUGAAAUAGCUAAUGUCGAACAGAAUUGCUCUACUGGUUAUACUCCGGAUGGUCAACAUCCAAAAACAUUAGUAGAAGAUAUGGUGCCUUUAUUAGAUAAUCCUGUAGUGAGUUUAAGCACCAAAGUUAGAAUGCUUAUGUUAUAUAUAAUGUAUAAGAAUGGUAUCUUAGAAGAAGAUAGACGUAAAUUAUUGGCUCACGCAAGAAUUUCACAUAAAGAAAAUGAUGCUAUUAAUAAUUUGAUAUAUUUCGGGGUUAAAUUAAUUAGGGUUCCUAUUAAAAAACCUAAAAAAUAUCGACAAAAGCCAGGAGAUGAUCAUUAUGAAAUUUCUAGAUAUGUUCCGAAAUUAAGCCUUAUAUUGGCGUCUGAAAAUCGAGCGGGUCGCAUAAUAGUAUUUAUAGCUGGUGGUGUAACUUAUUCCGAACUUCGUUCUGUUUAUGAACUUUCAGCGAAACAUAGUAUGGAUGUGGUCAAUUUAUCAUCUAUUCCUCCUCAUACUCCUAAUCGUCCCGGUGUAAGUGGAGGUGGAAAUACUGCAUAUAAUCAUUCAUCAUAUAAUACAUCACCCGGAUAUAGACCACCACCGCAACAGCAACAACAUCAUCAACAACAUCAUCCACAAUAUCAACAACAUCAACAAUAUCAACAACCACCACAAGGUGGAUAUGUACAAUAUUCUAGACAAAGUCCACAAAACCCACAAAAUGUUGCAUAUCAAAAUUAUCCACCACCAAAUAGUGCACCCGCGGGAAGUCAACAAUUCUCUCCCAACAGACCUUCAUCAAAUCCUCCUUCCUCCGAGAGAACAAAUAAACAAAAACAUAAUAUUUUCAAAUUCUAG